AUGCACGGCGGCAUUGCAGCGAAAGCUCGUAAACGCACUUUUUGGGCAGAGCUCCACGCCGAGCCCUCUGGUCCUCUGUUCGAACUGUCUAGGGAUCAGUCACUAGAUAUGACGGCCGAGCGUGGAUCUGGUCCGGGGAGCCGCCGUAUGCUGCGCAGCUCCUCGACUGCCUCUUCCCUUGCCUUUGUUGACGUGGCUUUCUCUGAUCUCCCUUUGUCCCCUGAUGAAACCGAAGAUGCUACCUUCAACUUGAACGACUUCGGAGCCGGCGCCUCUCUUGAGGCUGCUGAAGCGCCGCUCCCUGCCGCUUCCGUUGCACGACAUCAGCAUCCCGAGGCUUUUUCCAGAGGAGCCUCCAUGGGGAGCGCGCUCGUGGGUACCCCGCGGCCUUCUCUCGCUUCCAGAUUCUUCCUCCGGGAAUUCUACUGUGGGGACGCACAGGACGCCUCCCCGAAGGACGUGGAGGAGCUGAGCGAUUGUAGAAUCUCCUCUGCCAGCACAUCCUGCGACGGCCACGUUUCGUCCUGCUACAGCUCCGAUGCUGCCGCAUGUGGCUCCGUGGGGGCCGCCCGUGAGCACCAAAGGAGACAUCCAAAGUGGACUCCCUCGCCUCGGCUUUCCGUCUUUGCAGUUGACCCCACAGACGGCAUUGCCUGCCCGAAAGCCACGGCGUGGAGGAUGGUAUGGUCUGCAGGCCUGUUGUUGCUGCUGGCCAGUAUGACUAUUGCUGCAUUUUCACAGCUAAUGGUGAGCUGCAUGCUUCGAGAGAGCCGCGGAGCGGCGGGGGCUUCCCUGGAGGAGGAGGGGCGCGAAACCAGCAAGCUCUCGGCAACUCAGUGGCUUCCCACGCAGGCUGCAGUCGACGGAGUCUACGUGCUCCUGGUUGUACUGAGUUUAUAUAGGUGGAAGAGCUUGCAGCCCAGAUUACGCGCUGCCGUGUUGCUCCGUUUUGGGGGGUGCUUGUGCGCGGGUUUGAUACUGAAAUUGUUCAUCUCUGUGGCCUUCGGGUUCGAGUAUAGCUCUCAACGCAGCAGCAACAGUGGUGGCGGCAGCUUUACUUACAGAGAUACUGCCAUGUUGACGCUGCGGUUUCUGGGAGGCCUUGCGCUCCCGGAGGAUGUGGAUGGGGUGCCUGGAUACAGCCGACUGAUCCUGUCCGAAUUGUGUGUGUUCUGGCUGCUAUAUACGUGGCAACGGCCGCUUCUUUUGCUGCAGCCUGCACUUCUUAGUCUGGUAGUCGUGAUUUUGAGCUCUGUUAGCGGGCUCCGCUCCGUGUUUGAUGCGAUUGUAUCUUUCUUCAUUGUGGCCGUGGUUACCGUUUCAUAUCAUCUACUGCUUGACGCGGCAGCACGCCAACUCUUCGUAAAACUUCGGGCCCAAGUCGGCACUCGGGAAGUCCAGCAACAGCAUUGGCUGCGCUGUAAGGGGUCGCCGGAAUCGCCCCCAAACACUGCCCUCUCUAGUCCAGUCUGUUUCUAUCCCUCCGGCGGGUUUGUGUCUCACAAGGUUUGUAGCACUCUGUCUUCUUGGAUCAGUCGUUUAGAGCUCCUGGAGGAGCGCGCGCGCUACACGCUCCAUAGCUGUGGGCUGUAUUUAGCGCAGCAACACAGCGUUCGCUUUGUUCCCCGCAUGCUGCCUUCCGAUGCUUCAUUCGAGGGCCCUUCAGCGAGACCGAACAACCAAGAGGAAGGCAGAGGACUCCCUGUGGCUUCGCAGUGUCCUCCAAGCGAAGCAGUAGCUAUUGCAGAAGCUCCAGCGUCCGAGAAGGAGGCGGCAACAGGUACUCUUGUGGAUGAUCGUAUGCGUUGUACAGACACAUCUGAAAAUGAAGCUACUGCUCAGUCGAGAUAUGGAGGCUGUGCAAGCGUGGGGGAGGCAGAGAACGGAGCUGAACGCAGCAGUGCGGCGCCGAUGGACGAACGGGCGGAGUACAGGAGAAACGUUGGCAUCAUAUCUGAUGCUUUUCACCGUCGACAACAGAUGCGACGGAAGGAGGACCCAAAAGGCCUCACGAGGAGACCACGCAAUGCAACCAGGGAUGCACCUCGUCAAGGGCUGCCCGCCUUUCGAGGACGCGUGAGAAAGCAACCGCACGAGAUUGACUGCCGUUUUCAGUUCUUUCCUCUCACGUGCUGGCCUGUACCGCUCCUCUAG